UGUAACACAAACAGUACCUGCUCAGACAGAAUCAAGAAACCACUGCAGAAUAUGAAAUCAGAAAUGUUGUGUCAAUGUGCAGCAGGGUUUAGCGACGCGAUAGCUUAGCAUGAAAGGAUGAGGUGAAACCAGAGAAGCUGUUAAGAUGCAGACGUGCGUGUGAUGAAGCGGCACUGAGCUGUGACAAACAGAGAAUGUGAUGCGUAGAUAACAGCCACUUCAGGGACAAAACCCUUAAGUAACAGCCUGGAGAUGAAACAUGGCGAAUUAAAUGACUAAUUAAAAAUAACCUGCAUUUUAGAUGAAUUUGGAGUCAGUGCAUUCUAAAUUGUUUUUAAAUGUUGCAGAGUUUACCAUCAGCGUGUCUCGAUGUUCAUCCUGUAAGUGUGUGUUCUGAGUGUGUACAGCCAACCCGAUAAGAAUCAGAAAAACACAUCUGUUUGCUCACGCUACGGCCACCUCUCCGCUCAUGGUUACCAUCUCACUCCCCAUCCCAAAGGAAGAUGCUGUUGACACGACAUCAGCCGUCAGAGAUGACUCUAGGAAGCACAACUCUGCAAAAAAUGAGACUGAAGCUGUUUAAGUGUUUUGCAGGUGGGCGAGUCGGAGAGUCACAGCUGCAGCUGAUUUCCAUCAGCAGGGCCAGAGGAUUUAAGGAGCGGCAUUGCCACACUUCAGCACCGGUUGGUACUCUAUUGUUGGUACCAACCCUGGAUUCUAGCCUCGGUUCCUGUCUGCCUGAAGUGUGCCAUACUUUCAACGUCGCUCAGCUCCUCUGGCCUCCCGCUCUCCACCGCUCACCUGUCCUGGAUCGUACACUUCUACCUGCUACUCCUCUCCACCAGACAAUCUCCAGCUCAGACCUGACUUGCCUCCCUCUCCUGCUCAAACCCCCGCUCCGUACCGUAAGACUCUUCCACCAUUAUCCUGCUGUGUUUUCCUGGUUCUCAGUUUACUGUAUUCAUCUCGUUACCUUUUGUUUUAGAAUCGGAGUUAACCCUCCGGCCCAGUUUGGAUCAGCGCCCUUCGUUCUCGUGAAUUUUCUUUAUAAUAAAACAUUUGUACUUUUACUUACCUCUCUCUCCGUGUGUGAUUCUUUCAUGUGGGUAAAAAGACUUCAACCCAGCAUGACAAUUAUGCAGAUUUAUAAAAAUAAAAGAAAACUGAAAUAUCUCAGGGUGCUACGUAAUCAGACCCUUUGCUCAGUAUUUAGUUGAAGCACCCUUCUGAGCUAAAACAACCAACGAGUCGUCUUGGUAAAGAUGCAGCAAGUGUCUCACACCUGGACUUGGGGAUCCUCUGCCAUUCCUCCUUGUAGAUCCUCUCCAAUUCUUUCAAGUUAGAUGGUGAAAAUUGGUGGACAGCUCAAUUGUGUUUAAGUCAGGGCUCUGGCUGGGCCAUUCAAGAACAGUAAAGCUUCUCCUUUGUUAAUUUAGCUGUGUGUUUAGGGUCAUUGUCAUGUUGGAAGGUAAACCUUUGGCCCAGUCUGAGGUCCUGAGCACUCAGUAGAAUGUUCUUGUCCAGGAUAUCCCUGUAUGUGGCCAAAUUCAUCGUUCCAUUGAUUGUAACCAGUCCUGUCCCUGCAGUUGAAAGACACCCCCACAAAAUGAUGCUGCCACCACCGUUCUUCAACGUGGAGACUUUAUCGGACAAGUUAUGAGCAGUGCCUUAUUUUCUCCACACAUACCGCUUAGAAUUAAGGCCAAAAAGUUCUAUGUUGGUUUCAUCAGACCAGAGAACCUUAGUUCUCACCAUCUUGGAGUCCUUCAGGUGUCUUUUAGCAAACUCCAUGCAGGCUUUCAUGUAUCUUGCACUGAUGAGAGGCUUCUGACUAUCCACUCUGCCAUAAAGCCCUGACUGGUGGAGGGCUGCAGUGAUGGUUGACUUUCUACAACUUUCUCCCAUCUCCUGACUGCAUCUCUGGAGCUCAGCCACAGUGGCCUUUGGGUUCUUCUUUACCUCUCUCACCAAGGCUUUUCUCCCCCGGUACCUCAGUUUGGCUGGACGGCCUGCUCUAGGAAGGCUUCUGGUCAUCCCAAACUUCUUCUGGAAUAUGGAGGCCACUGGGCUCUUAGGAACCUUAAGUACUGCAGACAUUUUUGUAACCUUGGCCAGAUCUGUUCC